GCAAGCACAAGUCUCUGAAUUGCAAAGAGAUAAAGAGAUGUAUAUGAGAGAAAAGUGCAACACUUCAUCGGUGAAAGAAACUAGUGAUAAGGCUAGUAUCAACUAUCAAAGGAAAUUUCCCGAGGGCAUUUCAUCUUGCCAACUAUACUUAUCGGAACCGAAUUAUCGACUAGUUGGCAAGGGAAAAGUGCACAACACUUUUGGAGAUUUACUUCACCAUAGACCGCUCCCGGAUGGACACCUGAAAGUAUCGAUGGAUGUUGUAGUAGAUCAUGAUGCGAUGCUACCGGUACCUGACAUGGUCUCAGAGACGACAUUGCUGCGAGAUGCAAUAGGAUCAUUUGUUGCAUGGCCCUCGGAGCUCAUUACCAUUAGUGAUGAGGUAUAUUGAAAACGAUUAUGAAUCAUUUAGUUUUCGAAUGUCAAUUCUAAACCGUUUAUUAAUUAUUUUUUACAUUUUAAUUUUAGACUGCUCCUA